CGACUUGCCCUUCUUUCUUUCCUCAGCUGAUCUUGCCUCUUCUCCCAGGACCUGACCUGCUUUUUCCCUGCCAGCUCUGACUCUCUGCCCGCCCCUAAGUCUCCCCCAGUCUGUACUGGGUUGAAGCCUGCCCCUGCCACCCAGCAGUCUGAGCUGCUGCUGCUGAGGCUGAUCUGCCUGAAGUCUCCCAGGACAGAGGGGAAGCCAGCCCACAGAGUCCAGAGGAAAAGAGAAUCAUGGGGUCCCGGGCUGAGCUGUGCACUCUCUUAGGCGGACUCUCACUCCUCCUGCUCCUGAUGUCAGGCCAGGGGGCCAAGGGUGGAUCUCUCAAAGAGAGUCAGGGGGUCUGCUCCAAGCAGACGCUGGUGGUCCCGCUCCGCUACAACGAGUCCUACAGCCAGCCGGUGUACAAGCCUUACCUGACCCUGUGCGCCGGAAGGCGCACGUGCAGCACCUACAGGACCACUUACCGCGUGGCGUGGCGGGAGGUGAGGCGGGAGGUGCAGCAGACCCAUGCCGUGUGCUGCCAGGGCUGGAAGAAGCGGCACCCGGGGGCGCUCACCUGUGAAGCCAUCUGCGCCAAGCCUUGCCUGCACGGAGGCGCCUGCGUUCGGCCCGACCAGUGCGAGUGCGCCCCCGGCUGGGGAGGGAAGCACUGUCACGUGGAUGUGGAUGAAUGUAGGGCCGGCGUCACCCUCUGCUCCCACCGUUGUCUCAACACGGCGGGCAGCUUCACCUGCAGCUGCCCCCUCGGCCUGUUGCUGGGCCUGGACGGGCGCACCUGCGCGGCGGGGUCCCCGGAGCCGCCAACCGGCGCCAGCAUCCUCAGUGUGGCCGUUCGGGAGGCGGAACACGAGGAGCGCGCACUGAGGCGGGAGAUUCGUGAGCUGCGAGGGCGCCUGGAGCGGCUGGAGCAGUGGGUGGGUCAGGCCGGGGCCUGGGUCAGAGCGGUGCUGCCUGUGCCACCCGAAGAGCUGCAGCCGGAACAGGUGGCUGAGCUGUGGGGCAGGGGCGACAGGAUCGAAUCUCUCAGCGAUCAGGUGCUGCUGCUGGAGGAGAGGCUGGGCACCUGCUCCUGCGAGGACAACAGCCUGGGCCCUGGCCUCAAUCAUUGAUAAGGAGCCUCGCAGCGCCGCUGGCCCCUAAUUUAUACAGAAACUGGACCCACUAAUCCUCUGAGAUUGGCCAACGGGGAGCUGCAGAUAAGGCUAUUAGCCACCGAGGCACAAUGAGCAAUGGAAACUUCGGAGAGCUGGAGAAAGGGGAAGGCGGGUGGUCUUGGCCUACCCCUGAGCCUUCUGGCUGGGGGCAGGUUGCCUGGGCAAGGACUGCUUCUUCAACUCCUUAACAAACGCAACCAGCAAACACCCAGAUCUCUCUCUCUUUAUUUUCAGUUUCUUGCUUUUAUCCAGGUAAUUAAUAAAAACCAACCAC